UUUCUGCUGAUUUCCUCACACGGUGACUUUGACAAAUUUUGUGAAAUUCUCAUUAUCAAAAUUUUCGUCGUUAUCCCACGGAAAGCAUGUAAAAUCCGAAAUACCACUUACUUAUUUGUACGACGCAAAGAUAGAAUAAUCGUGAAUAUGCUGUUACCAAGUAAUGUGACCAAGACUUGGCUCAAGCUGCGCAGUUGUAUGAUGGCCGUAUACAACGAUCGCUUGGGCUGGAGCUGCAUCAAGAGCUACGGCCUCUUCAUCCUGGCGCUGCGGUACGCUAAGAAUCUCAGUGUUUUGCAUGCUACGAAAUGCGAAGUAUUCUGAGGACAGAGAGAGCCGGCAUUUGCGUACCACUGUGCCAGUUGGCAACGACCGCUGGCCUGUCUAAUUGCACUAAACACUGUCAUUUUUGCUGCUUUGGCGAAAGAGAAACGCCAGUGGGCAGAGCGUCGCCACAACCUGCCGACUGGCGUCUGAUAAGAUUAACAGCCGUUUCUGCCAUUGCUCGGUAUCCCACCCCAAGCUCCAAUACCCCAGCUCCUCGCUCACACAUGCUGUACCGAGGGGGAUUGCCCCCCUGCCUCCCCCUCCACACACACACACACACAUCAAGUGCCCGGUUUUUGGCUUUGGGAACACGCUGACGUCAAUGGCCCA